ACUCUGAUUCCAGAGCUGCACUGGUACAGGGGAGGGAGCAAUGGCUAUUUAAAGAGGGUAAAAUAACACAAGAUCUUUAGUGCUGAGUAACCGCCUCCAAACAGACACAACAGGAUUAACUGAUCAUCCGUAUCACGGUUUAAAGUGGCAGGUUUUGACACCGUAGUCGGUGCAUUUAUUCAACUUCGAAUCCUCGGGAAGCGGGUCUGCAUAGGAGAAAAUGGCCAAAGAUUAUUACAAAAUAUUGGGAAUCGCAAAAGGAGCAUCAGACGACGACAUCAAAAAGGCGUACAGAAAACAGGCUCUGAAAUGGCAUCCUGACAAAAACAAGACGGCCAAUGCGGAGGAGAAAUUCAAGGAGGUCGCGGAGGCUUAUGAAGUUCUUAGUGAUCCAAAGAAAAGAGAAAUAUAUGACCAGUACGGCGAAGAAGGCCUUAAAGGAGGUGGAGGGGCGACCGACGGGCCAGGAGGCAACUUCACCUACACCUUCCAUGGAGAUCCUCACGCGACGUUUGCCACGUUUUUCGGGGGAGCCAAUCCUUUCGAGAUAUUUUUUGGCAGGAAAGUCAAUGGACGAGAUGACGAUGACAUGGAGGUGGACGGAAAUGACCCCUUUGGUUCUUUCACGAGUUUUAACAUAAAUGGAUUUCCACGCGAGCGGCACGUUGGUCAGGGCGGCCCGCCGCGCAGAAAACAGGACCCCGCGAUCCACCACGAGCUCCGGGUGUCUCUAGAGGAGGUCUUUCACGGAUGCACCAAGCGCAUGAAAAUCUCACGCAAGCGCUUGAAUACAGACGGUCGGACUUUGAGAAACGAGGACAAAAUCCUCACUAUUGAGAUCAAGCGUGGGUGGAAAGAGGGAACCAAAAUCACGUUUCCACGCGAGGGUGACGAAUCGCCUAAUACUAUUCCUGCCGAUAUUGUGUUUGUCAUUAAAGACAAGCCCCACGCCCACUUUCGCCGAGAGGGGUCUGAUAUCGUGUACCCGGUCCGGAUCAGUUUGCGCCAGGUGAGAGAAGCCACUUACAAAUUAAUUUGUCCAUCCAUCCAUCCAUCCAUCCAUCCAAUCGCCUAA